AUGUCAAAAUUAAGACAACAUUCAAUUACAACGAGUCCUUUAAUUAUAUCUUCCCCGACAUUUUCUGCUCCUAUUAGAUCUUUAACUAUAUCAAACCCUCAACAAUCAUCUACAAUUCUGUCAAAUCUACGUGGUAAUGUUAUUUUAGUCACUAAAUAUGAUUUCGUUGCUGAAGGAGAAAAUGAAAUAUCAGUCAAUAAAGGAGAUUUAGUUAAAUUAAUUGAUCGAUUAGGUAAUGGUUGGGUAUUAGUCAAAUAUAUUGAUCGAGUACAACCCCCAGGAUUAAUUCCGGCAUCAUAUGUUGAUAUUGCUGUUAAUGAUCAAACUAACCCCAUAACUUUAACUUGGUUACAAAAAGAUGAUGAUGACUCGGAACAACAACCAACUAGUCAAGCUCAUAUUGAUAAUAUUAUUGAUGAAUUAAAUUAUUUGGAUUUACAAUUUAAUAAAGUGGAAUCGAAAUUUGUCACAAUAAAUAAUCGUCCUUAUCCGAUUCAAGCAUCAAUAUCAAAUUUCUUAUUAUUUAAUGGAAGAAUAUGGUAUCGAUUAGAUAUUGAAUAUAGUGAUAAAUCAAAAUCUUAUAUUUGUCGUUAUUAUCAAGAUUUUUAUAAUUUACAUAUUAAAUUAUUGGAUUUAUAUGAAAUAUUGUCUAAAAUUGAAGCAAGAAAUUCUGUUUCUAAUAGUGGUGGUGGUGGUGGUGGUGGUAGUCGUGGCGAUACUAUCAAAUUACCUAAAUUACCUGAACCAAUUCCUACUCAAAAUAAUGAUGAUGAAAAUAAAGAAAUUUCAAUGUUGUUGAAAAGAUGUAAUGAAUUGAAUAUUUAUAUUAAUAAAUUGAUAUUAAACAAAUAUUAUCAAACUUCAGAUCAAUUAAGAGAUUGGUUAGAAGUUAGAGAUUUACCUGGAUUUAUUAUUAAUUCAUUUGAUAAUGAAGACGAAAAAGACGAACAAAUUGAUGAAAUGACUAAUGAUGAAAUUAAUGAAAAAAUAUUACCUGGUUCAAUUAAUAUUGUGAAGAAUUAUUAUGAAAAAUUGGAAGAAUUGGAAGAACUUGAAAAGCAAAAACAAGUACAACAAUUGAAAGAUUCAAAAUUACCCCAAAGAUCACAAUCGAAAAAUAUUUAUAAUAAUUAUCAACAAGCUGCUCAUGCAAUGGCUGGCCAUACAAAUAGUAUCAAACAUAAAAUGGUUAUGUCUAAAACUGGAACAAUAAGGCACAUCCCAGUUGGAUCUAGAUCUGCUUCUGUUUCUGUUUCUAGAUCCGGGUCAGGGACUUCUCCUGCUGGUGGUAGUAAAUCACAUCUUUAUCAAUCUGAUCGAUCUUCUUCAACGAAAGCUGCCGCACCAGUGACUAGAAAUAAUACCACUAUAGUUAUAAAAUCAAAUAAUCAUAGCAGCAGCAGCAGCAGCAACAACAACAACAAUAAGAAUAGUACUGGUAGUAAUGGAUCAGAAAAUUUAUCUUCAACUUCACCAACGUCUUUAACUUCAGCAUCAACAACAGCUUCAUCUUCAUCACCAACACCAUCACCAUCAAUAACUAAAAAAGUUGGGGAAACACCAGUUGAUACUAAUGAUAUACUAUCGUCACCAAUAUUACAACAACAAAAAUCAAUGCCAAGUAUAAAUGCCACCCCUAAAUCUACUUUCCAAUCGAGUCCAGGGUCUCCAUUAAUAGGUCCAUCAUUACCACCUUCAACACUGUCACCAUUAUUUAAUCCACAAUCACCUAAAUUAGUUAACAAUAAUUUGAAUUCACCUAAAAUGGAUUAUAGUCCUAAACCUGGAUUCACUCCUAGGAUUAAACCACCAACACCAACAACACCUGCAACAAGUAAGUUUCAACCAGUAAGUAAUACAAUUACCACCACCACCAUAUCGGUCACAACAACAGAUUUUUCAACUUCAUCUCCAAAAAUGUCACCAAUGGGAGGUCAUUUCAAUGCUAAUUUCCCUGCCUAUUCUCAAACAAAUAAUACCAACAACUCCAACUCCACUAGCAACAGCAACAACAACAACAACAAUACUGGUUCAAAACAUCAACGAACAUUUUCUAAUCAAUUUAUUAAAUGUAAAAUAAUUGAUCCAAAAAAUGAUAUAAUUGUUAUUAAAUUAAAUAAAGGAGAAUUAAAACUGAUUAAUGAUUUGAAAAUUGCUCUUAAAUCAAGAAUCAAUAUAAAUUUCCCACCUGUUUCUCAACCACAACCACAACCACAACAACCACUAUCAGAAAGUCCAAAUUUAAAUUUUGGUCUGAUGAAGAAUAAAUAUAAUCAAGUGUUUAUAAAAUUACCAAAUUUAAAUAAUUUUGAAAAUAUUGAUACGAUAAAAUUCAAUUUUCAUGAAUUUUUAAGAUUUAAUGAUAAAAUGUAUCUUAAAAUUGAAGAAAUUAAAUGA